AUUUGACUUAAAAUGAAUAUAUUUUGCCGCUGAGAUAAUAUCGAAAAUGGAUAUUCCCUAUAAGAAAAUAUUUAUUUAUCUCCUAACCUUUGUAGCGUAUGCCUACACUGGUUUUGGGUCUACUAUGUUACGAAACUUGAAAGAUGCCGUGUUAUCCGCUGAAUCAGUGUUUGGGGAUGGUCUCCGCAAUGUAAUAACAGUUGUUGAGAAGUUCCGAUCCCUUCACGAUGUAUUCGACGCGGCUGUGGAAGAGGACUGCAUAUAUUCCUGUCCAGAAGGUCAAAGGCCGGUUCGUAACAGAAACCAUAUCCCGAAAUCGGAUGGCUGCGGAUCACUAGGCUUCCAAAUAUCAUCAGAAUACUUACCACUAGAAGAGAUGACGAAGUGCUGUGACGCCCACGACAUUUGCUAUGACACAUGCAACUCUGGGAAGGAAGUCUGUGAUCUAGACUUCAAGAGAUGCCUGUACAAUUACUGUGACUCAUAUAAAUCAACAAGUAUUGGGAGAGAUACUAUUAUUAAAGGAUGUAAAGGAGCAGCAAAGUUACUAUUUACAGGCACUUUAACAUUAGGCUGUAAGUCCUAUUUAGAUGCACAGAAGAAUGCAUGUUACUGUCCACCGGCCAAGAAAUAUAAAAAAUACACCACUGGAGAGGGAGAACUAUGAUAAAUUGCUUCAUUAUUUUAAAUAUGGGAUAGUGCCACAGAUUUUAUUACCCAGUCGUAAAUAGUUUUAUACAAUUUGGGCAAUAAAAUAUGUAAAAUUAACAUAGCAAAACAUGUAAAAGGUUACAUAAUU